AGAGCUACAGAACUUUUUACCACGUAUGUCAACCUUAUCCAAUCUUUCAGAUGUGUGGUUCAACGUUUUCGAAAUGGCACCUAUGUUGAUAGGCAGGGAACAACGAUAGGCGUAGAUUUCACUAUGAAAACCCUUAUUAUAGAUGGCAAACGUGUGAAGUUACAAAUAUGGGAUACCGGUGGACAGGAGCGAUUCCGAACUAUAACGCAGUCAUAUUACCGAUCGGCGAACGGGAUUGUUUUGUGCUAUGAUAUCACUUGUAAACAGUCAUUCAACAGUUUGCAAAGGUGGAUUGACGACGUUUCAAAGUUUGCUGCACCGAACGUUGUAAAGCUGUUAGUGGCAACCAAAUGUGACCUUGAGGAACAGCGUGUUGUUGAAAGAGAGGAAGGUGAAUUAGUGCAAAGGGCUAAUGGUAUGUUUCUGAUGGUAGAGACUAGCGCUAAAAGCAAUGUCAACGUCGACGCAGCUUUUCUAGAACUGGCUACGAUUUUGAAACGCCAGUACGAUCAAGGCGUUCAUCGAGACCCUGCCAGCAAUGAGACUUUCCGACUCGGUGCUGGUGGUUCGACACCUAUAGGCUCAUCAUGGCAUCAAUGUUGCCAGUGGUAA